AUGGGCGGAAAGGGCAAGGGCAGGAAGAAGUUCACCCUGGAACUGCCGUUGAUCCGCGUCAAAGACGAGCCAAGCGCCAAGGAUGAUUCGGAGGCGAAGACCGCGCGCGAGCCAAUCUCCGACGACAUCGUCGAGCCGCAGGAAACGACGCGCGUCGACGAGCCGAACACGAAGGACAUCGACAAGCCGGAGACGACAGAGAGUUUAUCGGAAGAAACGACGGCGCCCUCCGAUCCGGCGAUAAACCCGCAAGUUAUCGAAAUAUGCUGCGGCCCCGACGAUCUGCCGGUGGCCAGCGGCGGAACGAUCUACACGUUUGGGUUCGAGCCGACGCUGGCGACGCUCGGCGGAGAUUAUGGACCGCACGGCGUUCACACCGUCAAUGUCGGUUCACCACCGCCGACUGCAGAAGGCGUCAUACCACCACAAAUCAAGGCCCUCUUCGAUACAAUCGUCGCCAAACAUGCCAAAGAGGAGCCAGAGCCCGAGACGAUCCUCCUCUAUCAUUACAAAGACAAGCCGGAACUGCCGAAGCCGAGCACCGAGGAAGAGCGACAAGCCGUGGCCAAGCGCUUUGAGGAAUGGAUGAAUUCUUCGGAUCCCGCCCCAACCUACUACACCGUCGACGCCGACAAGCCCGAGAAGGGCCAGCAGCUGGAGGAAGCCGACAAAGCC